UGACGCCGUUGCGUGAAACCGUCGACGCUUGCCGAUUGGCCGGGCCGGUCUCGACCAAUCCGGACGCGACUCUCAUUAACACUCGGACCGGGGCGUCGGUGUUGUCACAUCGCCGCCGCCGCCACACAGUCAGUCGGCACCGAGCGCGCUAACCGUUGUCGUCGUCGUCGUCGUCGUUGUUGUUUUUGUUGUGGUCGUAGUAAUAGUGUUGGCGGCGAGUCGUCUCUACUCGGCCCCCCCGUGUUUGCAUAUUAUUCGCGUGUACACAACCACCGUGUCAUAGUUUUUUUUACGUUAAAACAUAUAUAUAAUAUAUAUAUUAUAUAACAAUAUUAAUAAUCGUCGCGAUUAAUAUUUUUUUAAACUUUUUCGCGUUCGACGACGCUCGAAAACACUCGUCGAAACACCGCGUGCGAACAACAACGGUCGACCGUCUCGCGUGUGAUUAACGUUGAAAUAAAAUUUUUUCCGAACUAUACCGUCGACAGCAAUCGAAUUCGACAUCGCAAAGAAAAUAAAAAAUUUCGGUUUGCAUUGAAUUUUUUUUUCUUCACCGUACUCCGUCGCAAUCACUCGCGGUAAACAUUUGUGAAUGCUCGUACAGGAGUCUGGUCCACCGUAGUGGCUGGGUCAAACGGUAACGGCGUGGACGGCGUGGCUGUUAUGCGGUUCGAGCAAGCGGACCUCAGGUGCCGGUCACCCCGUGGGGCACCGGACACCCCGCAGACCGCUGCCGCUAUGACCGGCGGCCAACGUUCACCGGACACAUCGUACACGGCGGCGCGUGCGUCGUCCACUGACUUCUCCGUCAGUUCGCUGCUGACGAACAACAACAACAACAGCAGUGGCGGUGCGCCGCCGUCCACGGUCCAGCAGCAGGCCGGUGGCCAGCAACAGCAGUAUCCGCCGCCGCCACCACCGCCACCCGGUCUGUCGGCCGCAGCGGCCGCGGCGUACGCCAUGGGCGCCUGUUACCCGGGCACCAUGAUACCCAUGCCGAAGAUGCACCACGCCCCGCAUCACCCGGGCGCCGGUAGCUAUCCGGCCGAAGAGAUGCUCGCGUUGGCCGCGGCCGUCGCGCACGGCGUACACCAUCCACACCCGGCGGCCGCGCUACCCCGUUCCGUCGUCAGGCCCGAGGAUGACGGCGUGGUCGACGAUCCCAAGGUCACGUUGGAAGGCAAGGAUCUCUGGGAAAAGUUCCACAAACUCGGCACCGAAAUGGUCAUCACCAAGUCUGGCAGGCAAAUGUUUCCCCAGAUGAGGUUUCGGGUGAGCGGUCUGAACGCAAAAACCAAGUACAUCUUGUUGCAGGACAUUGUGGCGUCAGACGACUACCGGUAUAAGUUCCACAACAGGCGGAUGUUCCCCGCUUACAAAGUUCGAGUAAUGGGACUUGACAAAAAGGCCAAAUACAUACUGCUAAUGGACAUCGUGGCCGCCGACGACUGUCGCUAUAAGUUCCACAACAGGUACAAAAACCGAUGGAUGGUGGCCGGAAAAGCUGAUCCGGAAAUGCCCAAACGAAUGUACAUACAUCCCGAUUCCCCGUCGACUGGCGAACAGUGGAUGCAAAAAGUCGUGUCGUUUCACAAGCUAAAACUCACCAACAAUAUAUCUGACAAACACGGAUUUGGUUUAAAUCAGUUUUCGCUUCAGACCAUAAACAGACCUAUCAACCGUUUCCACAGAUUUCCAGAGACCAUAUUGAACUCGAUGCACAAAUACCAGCCUCGUUUCCAUCUAGUCAGAGCCAACGACAUCAUCAAGUUACCGUACUCAACUUUCCGUACCUACGUGUUCAAGGAAACUGAGUUCAUCGCUGUUACGGCAUAUCAAAACGAAAAGAUAACUCAGUUGAAAAUCGACAACAACCCGUUCGCCAAAGGGUUCCGAGACACCGGUGCCGGUAAACGAGAAAAAAAAUGUGUACAACGUAAUGGUGUUUUCAGGCAAGCAAUGUUGACGGCGCAACGACACGGUGGCCAAACAGUUCAAAACCAAGACGAAAAGCCCUCGGGUUCAGAUCACGAAGAUGAUAAACCACUGGACGUUGUUGGUGGAGGAGACCCCGACUCGCCAAUUUCUCCCCAUCAUCACCAUCAUCACCAUCAACCCCACCAACCCGGUUCGUGGUUUUCGGGAUUGGCUGAUGGUAGUUUGCUCCUGGAGGACGCCAUGAGGAGGCGCCUGGCAGGUCACCCGGCCCUUCAUCACGCAGCAUUCCUGCAACACCACCAUCACCAACAAGCUCACCAGCAGGAAAUUGAUAGUGAACAAGAAAGCAGUUGUUCCGAAUCGGGCCGAGACAGAAUGAAUUCACCGUCUGACAAAGAGUCUGCUGGUCCUUCUGGACCCGGACACAGCCCUAGCGACUACCCGUCACCGAACGUGUCGUUCGGACCACCAAUCCCCCCGUCGCCGCACCUGUUGCCGUACUUAUAUCCCGGCAUGUACCCCGGGGGCCCUGGCCUGGGCGGUCCGCUCUGCCCGUCGGCGCUCAGCCCUACCACCAACCUGCUGUUCAACGCUCAGCUGGCGCUGGCCGCUCACCACCCAGGGUCGCUGUUCACCCAGGCGUACCUGCAGGGCGCCGCGGCCGGCGGCGGUACGGGCGGCGGCAGUCACCCGUUCAAGAUGACCAGUGGCCUGGCCGCGGCCGCUGGCCUGGGCCGGUUUCACCCGUACCACCUCGGGCUCCACCACCCGCUCCACCCGUCGUCCGUCGGCUCGGCGUUCGAAACCGUGACGCCGGGCCGGUGCUCGUCGGCCGGCAGCACGCCGCCGCCCGCGCCGCUCGACCUGCAGUCGCCGACCAACGGCGGCGGUCGACAGACGUCGCCUCCGCAGCAGCCACCGCUGCCGCCACCACCACCACCACCGGCACAGUUGUCACCGGCCGCGGCACAGCUGCAACCGCCGCCGCGACAGUCGUCCGUGUCGCCGUCGCAACGACAACACCAUCACCACCAACACCACCGGACGGCGGCCGCCAACCAGCCGUCGCCGACCAGCAGCGAACUGAAGUCCAUCGAGAAAAUGGUCAACGGACUGGACUCGGCGUCGGCAGCGGCGUCCGCGGCCGACGAACAACAAGUAGUGGCGAUAGUCAAGUAAACCGCGCAUGACCCUCCCCUCCCGCCCACCUCUACCAAUCAUCCCCACCGCCCCUUUGAACACUUACACAUACACUCAUCACACAUACGUAUUACACUCACAUACACGCGUUUCUACUAUGUUGUAUAUAUAUGAUAUAUAAUAUAUAUAUAAGAAUCUAUAUAUAAUAUAUAAUAUAUUUGACUUUGUUAUUGUAGAAAAUUAUUUUACAUUUAUAUAUAUUAUAUAAAUAAGGCAUUUUUAGUGUAUUUAAUAACUAUGAAUAGAUUAAUAAUGAUAUACAUAUUAUAUUUAUUGAUUAGGGAAUGUAUAAAAUAAUAAUAUAUUAUAUAUUAUAGAGAAACUAUAAUACGAAACGUGCAAUAGUAUAAUAAUAUUAUUUAACUUAUAAAUAUUUAAUUAUUUAAACGAGUAAAUAGCGAUUUUUUUUUUUUUUCAUUAGUUUUAGCGGAAAGAUUGUAGAUUGUAUUGGUUUUCCCAGAUAGUAAUAGACAAUAAUAUCAAUCUAUUAUUAUAUAAUAUAAUAUAUAAAUACAUAUUAUAAAUUAUAUAUUGUACCCGACCCUGGCAUUCAAGACGAAAAAAUAUGUUCCUAAAAGUAAAAUAUUUGAAAAGAAAAUAUAUUAAUUGUAUCGUCUUUAAAGUAAAAUUUGAUAAAAAAAAAAUAAUUCCAGUACAAAAAUUUUAUAUUUCGCCAAAAACAAAACGUGUUUUAAUGCAAAACUGUUCCUAUGCGGUUUCUUUUUUCAAAACUGGUGCUAAUAACGGACUUUUUAUGAGAAAAAAAAUCUGCUCACGUUUUGAAGAAAAUUUCGAAAAAAUUUACAUGUACAUAUCCUUUUUGUUAGUGAUUAUUAUUAUAUUACCGACUUCUUAUUGUAAAUUUUUGAACCGCAAAAUUGGCGAAGUCGGUGACGACCGAUGUUUUUUUUAAUGUAAUAUAAUUAUAUUUGUUGUGUGCUACUUAAUAUUUUUCUUAUGUAUAAAGAUAAAGUAAAAUUUAAACAUAAAUACAAAAACAUGAUAAUAUUA